AUGAGUUACGUAAAACUUGUAUUUUUUAUGCUAUUACCCUUCCUCUGUCAACUUGCUUUCUGCUCAUCCUUAUCUCAUUUGUGCCCCAAAGAUCAAGCUCUUGCUCUUCUACAAUUCAAGCAUAUGUUUACAAUAAGUCCUUAUGCUUCUGCUUACUGUGAGUUUUCUCAUCCGAAAACUCUUUCAUGGAACAAGAGCAUAAAUUGUUGCUCAUGGGAUGGAGUUUAUUGUGACGAGACGACAGGACACGUGAUUGAGCUUAACCUCAAUUGCGGCAAACUUCAAGGCAAGUUUCAAGCCAACAGUAGCCUCUUUCAACUCUCCAAUCUCAAAAGGCUUGAUUUAUCUGGUAAUGACUUUUCUGGAUCGCUCAUUUCACCUAAAUUUGGUGAGUUUUCUAGUUUGAUACAUCUUGAUUUGUCGGGUUCAGAUUUUACAGGUCUAAUCCCAGUAGAAAUCUCUCGUCUUUCUAAAUUACAAGUUCUUAGUAUCCAGAGUAAUAUAUAUUCAGAGCUUAGAUUCGGACCUUACAAUUUUGAACUGCUCCUUAAGAACUUGACUCGAUUAAGAGAGCUCAACCUUAACUCUGUGAACAUCUCUUCCACCAUUCCUUUGAAUUUCUCUUCUUAUUUAACUACUCUACACCUUGGGAAUACACAGUUAUACGGGAUAUUGCCUGAAAGAGUUUUCCACCUUUCCAACUUAGAAUUUCUGGAUUUAACAUACAAUCCCCAGCUAACUGUUAGGUUUCCCACGACCAAAUGGAAUAGCAGUGCAUCACUUGUGGGGUUAUAUCUCAGUGGUGUGAAUGCUACUGGAAAGAUACCUGAAUCAUUUAGUCAUCUAUCUUCACUACGUACAUUGAUGAUAGCUUCUUUUAAUCUCUCGGGAUCUAUUCCUAAACCUCUAUGGAAUCUCACCAACAUAGAGGAUUUGGACCUUGAUUAUAACCAUCUUGAAGGACCAAUUUCUGAUUUCUUUAGAUUUGGAAAGCUCGUGUGGUUAUCACUUAGAAAUAACAACUUUAAUGGCCAACUUGAGUUCUUAUCCUUUAACAAAAACUGGACGCAACUUGAAAUGUUAGAUUUUUCGUCCAAUUCCCUAACUGGUCCAAUCCCUUCCAAUGUAAGCGGACUGCAAAACCUACAACGUCUCAGCUUGUCAUCAAACCACUUGAAUGGGACUAUACCAUCAUGGAUAUUCUCCCUCCCAUCAUUUGAAUGGUUAGACUUGAGAUACAACCAUUUCUGUGGAAACAUUCAGGAGUUCUAUUCCAAAUCAUUUGAUGUUGUUUCUCUAAAACAAAAUCAGAUGGAAGGUCCUAUUCCAAACCAGCAGAGCCUACGACGUCUUCUCCUUUCACACAAUAAUAUCAGUGGACAGAUUGCUUCAACCAUCUGCAAUCUGACAAUACUGAAUGUGCUAGAUUUGGGCAGCAAUAAUUUGGAGGGAACAAUCCCACUAUGUUUGGGUGAGAUGAGUGGACUUGUGAUUUUGAAUUUAAGAAACAAUAGUCUUAGAGGGACAAUUAAUACAACUUUUAGUAUUGGAAACCAACUCAAAGUCAUUCAAAUGGACAGGAAUAAGCUAGAGGGGAAAGUCCCACGAUCUUUGAUCAAUUGCAAAUAUUUGACGGCUCUUAUUCUAGGUAACAAUGAGUUGAAUGACACAUUUCCAAAAUGGUUGGGAGCCCUUCCUGACUUGCUGAUUUUAGACUUGAGAUCAAAUAAGUUUCAUGGUCCCAUUAAAGCUUCAAGGACUGGAAACUUGUUUGCGCAGCUUCGAUUUUUGGAUCUCUCAUCCAAUGAAUAUAGUGGGAAUUUACCAGAAAGUCUUUUUGAGAAUUUCCGAGCUAUGAAAAUCAUUGAGGAGAACAUGAUACCUCCAACAAUGCAUGUAGGAGUUCGAUAUAAUCAUAUAAAAAAAAGAUUGUAUCUUGUUGUGCCUCAAGUUUUGUUUGCUGACAUAAUUAUCGAUCUCUCAAGGAAUAGAUUUGAAGGAUAUAUCCCAAGUACUAUUGGAGAUCUAAUUGGGCUUAGAUUCAUUAAAUUGAACGGGAAUAAGCUACAGGGGAAAGUCCCACGAUCUUUGAUCAAUUGCAAGUAUUUGAAACUUCUUGAUCUAGGGGACAAUGAAUUGAAUGAUACAUUUCCAAACUGGUUGGGGACCCUACCUGAUUUGUUGAUUUUAAGCUUAAGAUCAAAUAAGUUUCAUGGUCCCAUUAAAGCUUCAAGGACUGGAAACUUGUUUGCGCAGCUGCGAAUUAUGGAUCUAUCAUCCAAUGGAUUUAGUGGGAGUUUACCAGCAAGUCUUUUUGAGAAUAUCCAAGCUAUGAAAAUUAUUGAUCAGAACAUCACAACUCCAACAUAUGUAGGAGGUGGUUCUGUGACAAUUACAACAAAGGGAUUGGUUCUUGUUUUUGUUCAAGUUUGGAUUAAUAACAUGGUUAUCGAUCUCUCAAGGAAUAGAUUUGAAGGUCAUAUCCUAAGCAUUAUUGGAGAUCUCGUUGGACUUCGUACGUUAAACUUAUCUCAUAAUUGCUUGGAAGGUCAUAUACCAGCAUCACUACAACAUUUAUCUGUACUGGAGUCAUUGGAUCUCUCAUCCAAUGAAAUAGGCGGAGGAAUUCCACAACAACUUAUAUCCCUUACGUCACUUGAAGUCUUAAAUCUCUCUCACAAUCAUCUUGUUGGAUGCAUCCCUAAAGGAAACCAAUUUAAUACGUUUGAUAAUAGUUCAUACCAAGGGAAUGAUGGAUUAUGUGGAUUGCCACUCUCAAAAGAUUGUGGCGGUGAUGACGGGGUACUACAAGCAACAACUCCAUUUGGGCUAGAUGAUGAAGAAGAAGAAGAAGAAUCAUCAAUUAUAAGUUGGCAGGCAGUUCUCAUGGGUUACGGUUGUGGACUUGUUAUUGGACUGUCCAUAAUAUACAUAAUGUUGUCAACUCAAUAUCCAGCAUGGUUUUCGAGGAUGGAUAUAGAAUUGGAACACAUAAUUAUUAAGAGAAUGAAAAGGCACAAGAAAAGAUAUUAG